AUGGCAGCAGCAAAGAAAAAGAGUGAGGAGGAACAAAAGCGCCUGAGCGCUCUCUUUCAUGCCUACGAUGUGGAUAAUUCCGGGAGGAUUGAAAAAAAUGAAUUCAACACCAUUUGCCAAGAACUCCACGUCUCGUCCCAGGAAGCAGAAGGCAUUUUCAAUCGCCUGGAUGUCGACAAGGAUGGCACGGUGACCUUAGAGGAGUUCCUUAGUGGCUUCAAAGAACAGCACCAGGAGGAAGAAGAUGAUGCUGAGGAAGACACAGACUCCUCAGCUGGAGAUAAAAAAGAGCAGGUCCUAUCCAGCCAGCCACAGCCCCCUAUCAAGGGAAUGAGCGCAGAGGAACAGGACCGGCUGCGGUCCCUCUUUCACGCCUACGAUGUGGACAACUCCGGGCGGAUCGAACGAAACGAGUUUCUCACAAUUUGCGCAGAGCUACAGGUGUCAACAGCCGAGGCUGACCGAAUAUUUGACCAGCUGGACGUCGACAAGGACGGCACUGUCACCCUGCAAGAGUUCAUCAGCGGAUUUCACGACCGCUACGAGGCGGACAUGGAGUCAGAAGGAGGCGACCCGUCCGCUGCUUGGGAAGACUUUGAGAGCAGACUGAACGAGCAGGCCAAGUUCAUCCCCAGGCGUGAGCAAGCAGCAACACUGUAUCAGAACAUCAGUCUGACUGAGCCCAGACUGAUUCCUCAGUUUGAGAAAGUCAUCCUCAACUUCACCAAAGAGAUCAAACAGCAGAACUCAGAGAUGGAGAACUUGGCACUUGCCAUCAAACGAGCACAGGACCAAGCAUCAAUGCAGCUCAGCGAAAUGGAGGAAGAAAUGGACCAACGCAUUCAAGCUACCGAGAGAAAAACACGUGAGCAGGAGAAGAAGCGAGCAGAGGCUUCGCUGAAUGAAUUACGAAGAAGUUAUGAAACUGAAGUGUGUGAGCUGCAGUGUAAGAUCCAGAGGAUGCAGAUGAUAGAGGAGAAGUACAAGAACAUCACAGUGAAAGACGAGAGCCCAGCCUUGAAGAAGAAGAUCAAUGAGCUAACACUGGAGAACCAGCGGUUAAAGCAGGAGCUGCUGAAGUCUCAGACCAAAGUCGCCUGCCUGCAGAGUGAGAUGGACUCGCUGAAGACCGAGCUAACCGAUCAAAGCAUCAACUCCGAGCGAGACGAAGAGCUCAUGAAACACUUCUCUGAUGAGCGAGACAUCCUGGAGAAUCAGAUUGAGAUUCUGCAGACAGCCAACAGGAAGCUCCAUGACAGCAAUGACGGCCUGAGAGCAGCUCUGGAGAGAAUAACGAGGUCCAAUGGAGGAUCACCAGGAGAAUUUAAGGAAAGAAGCAGAAGUAAAAGCAUCUGCUACACAUCACCAUAUGCAUUAUUAGACAGGUACUGCCAGCGCAUGGACGAGUACCCUCUGUUCAGCCGCCGGCCCAGCGGUGACACCCUUGCGUUGGCCAUGUGUGACCCUGGCCUGAGGCGCAGGCACAGCAGCGAGUGUGAGGAGGACAGCCUACCCGAGAUCUACGUGGACAGCGGCCUGUCGACGCUCAGAGGCUCACAUGGAGGCUAUGACUCAGAGCAUGAGGUCAAAGGUCAAGAAGAAGAGUACGAGUCCAGUCCAGGGAAGAAAAAGGAGGACGACGAUAACAACGACAGUGUAAUCGGAGAACUCUCUGACACUGAGCCAACAGAGACACAGGAUGGGGAAUCAGCAUUCGGAUCAGACAGCAGCUCAGUUUUGGACUGGAAGCCGUCUGAACCACCAGCUCCAACAACGAGAAAGGCCCUCAGUGCCAUCAAUGUUCAGAAGGAGGACAAGGACAGCACUGACCUGGGCUACAUGACGUCUGAGAAGGCUUACAGGAUCGUGUUAGCUGGGGAUGCUGCUGUGGGGAAAUCCAGCUUCCUGCUUCGCCUCUGCAAGAAUGAAUUCAAAAUGAACUCCAGUGCAACUCUGGGAGUGGAUUUCCAGAUGAAAACACUAAUCGUGGAUGGAGAGCCCGUGCUGCUUCAACUCUGGGACACAGCGGGGCAGGAGAGGUUUCGCAGUAUUGCGAAGUCUUACUUCCGCCGGGCAGACGGUGUUUUGUUGCUGUACGAUGUCACCUGCGAGAAGAGCUUCCUCAAUAUUAGAGAGUGGGUGGAUAUGAUCGAGGAUGUGUCCCACGAGGACAUUCCCAUCAUGCUUGUGGGUAAUAAGUCGGAUCUUAGACAAGAUGGAAUUGGUUGCGUUCCUACCAGCUACGGGGAGAAACUUGCCAUGACAUACAACACUCUGUUCUGUGAAACUAGCGCCAAAGAUGGAUCCAACAUCCUGGAGGCUGUGCUGCACCUGGCCAGACAGGUAACAAAGUUCGCCAACUAUGAGGAAAAAAGCAGUCGUCAGUCGCUGCCGAUUUUAGACGCUCCCAGGAAUCAGCCAAAAUUCUCCUGCUGCACCUGAUCAAACUCGUCAGAGGCGAACCUCCACACUGGACUUAAUGUGAACUGUGCACAUGCGAAAGACAUGAAAAGCAGAGCAGGAACAAAUUAUCAAUGUGAAUAACCGCAGCUGGAUUAAGAGGGUGAAGUAAAGAAGUGGAGAGACGGGACAUUACAAACGUUUAUUCGCUAAAUCUUUUAACCGCUGACUUUGUCGCUGGAACUUGGCUUAAACCUCUCGCCAUGUCAAAGUUUUUUUCAUUAUGUUAUAACAAAUUUGCCUUUUUCUGUUUGGUGUAAUUUACACUGUUUGACUAAUUGCACGGUAAAGCAGGUGAAACAGGAGAAGCGAAAGGUAGAUGUGAGAGUAAAGUAGACUUUUAAUGUGAGGUUUAAAUCUGAGGCCAGGUGAGUGAGUAUGGUUGUGAUAUUUUUAUGUUGAUAAAUAUUUGCACAUGGCAGAAAAUAGAAAGUUAGUUUGGUUUAUGUUCAUGACAAGAAAGUACAGAUCCUGAUAUACAGUGUUGCAAAAAAGUAUGGUCCCCCUUCCUGAUUUUUUUUUUUUUUUUUUUUUUUUGGCAUAUUUGUCACACUUCAGUUUUUAUAUGAUGAUUUCAUUUAUUAAGGGGGGUAAAGCUGUUCAAAUCUACCUGAUAAAGUAAUUCCUCUUAAAUCUAGUCAAUGUUAGAGUCACCCUCAGCACCUCAGCAGCAGAAAUGGACAGUGAGUCUUUCACAUCCCCGUGGAGGAAUUUUAAUUCACUCUUGUUUGCGGAUUGGCUUUAAUUCAGCCACAUUGGAAGGUUUUUGAGCAUGAAUGGCUUGUUUAAGGUCUCAAUCUGAUUUAAGUCCAGACUUUGAUUUGUUUUCAAUUAUUCAGUGGUGGACUGGCUGGUGUUUUUUGGGUCAUUGUCCUGCUGCGUCACCCAAAUACGCUUGAGCUUCAGGGCAUGCUGUGUUAGUUGUAUGCAGAUGUGACAGGACUCAAACUCUCCAAAAUGUUAAACUUUUGGUUAAUUUGAGACAAGCUUUUGUGUACUCUGCCAUCGACGGCAAUUUUGCUCAGUUUCUUUGUCUUUGUUGCAUAUGAACACUGACCUUAACUGAGACAAGUGAGGCCUGCAGUUCUUGCUCUGGGUUCUUUUGCGACCUCCUGGAUGAGUCGUCGAUGUGCUUUUGGAGUAAUUUUGGCAGGCUGGCCACUCCUGGGAAGGAUCACCACUCUUCCAAGCUUCCUCCAUUCGUGUAUAAUGACUCUCACUGUGGUUCACUGGAUUCCCAAAGCCUUAGAAAUGACUUCAUAAGCCUUUCCAGACUGAUCGAUAUCAAUGACUUUGUCUCUCAGCCAUUUCUUUUGAUCAUAGCACGAUGUGUUGGGUUUUUGAAAUCUUUUAGCUUGCUCCACUUUGUCAGACAGCUUCUGUGGUUAAUCACAGAAGCUGUUAAUUCAUGAUUUAACAAGGGGAGCCAAUUACUUUUCCACACUAGACCAAGUAGAUUUUGAUAGCUUUUUACCUUAAAGAAAAGACAAAAACAUUUAAAAACUGCAUUUUGUAUUUGAUCUGGUUAUCUUUGUCUACUAUUAAAAUUUAUUUGAUGAUCUGAAACAUUUAAAUGUGACAAAUAUGCCAAAAACUAUGACAUCUAAAACUAAGUGGGUGAAUACGUUUUCAUGGCACUGUAGCUUUGCUCACCACUGCAACAAUCAUGUAAUUACAUUUGCGCUCGGUUAUUUUUCCUCUAUGUACAGAUUUGAAAUGUUUCAUGUUAUUUAUGUUUAUGGUCAUAUCAGAAUUUACCGCCAUCAUGUAGACACUAAGAAUCAUGGGAGAGCCUAAAGUGACAAAGGCUCGUUCUCUGUUCAUCACAACAAACCCUGGUGCAAUAUCGCAACCUACAAUCUUUAUUAUUAUGAUGCCACAGCAGUGUUACUUUUUCGUCUUCUCAUUGAGGAUAGCUUUGUGUUAUAGAAUAUAUUAUCUUAGGAAAUGACCCAAUAGUUUAGGUAAACCUUUAAAUCACUAAUUUAUUACACAAUGAGUAAUGAUUAGGAGGUAAGCAUGAAAGAGAGGCGACAGAAAGCAGAGUAUGGCUUUAACUGUGUAAAGUUGUAAUCCUGGUGAUUUGUUCCAACUCAUUUUAUGGAUCUCUUUUAUUAAUAUUAGAGAAAGAAACAUUUAUAUUAUCUAACCGCUGAAUAACUGUAACGGUGUCUGUAUGCUCGGAAAUAAAAUCACUGGUUGGAGCUGGA